CAUUAAGAAGUUAACCUCUGUUAUUAGUUGUGCAGCAGCAGAAGAGAAGAGCAUUAGUAGUGAAGGAUGAAGAAAGCCUGUUUUGUGUUAGUUCUCUUCCUGUCAUCAAUAGCGUUGGUGAUAGAUAGGUGUUCAUGUUUGGACCGUAGCCAAUUCCCUCCUUCUUUUCUCUUUGGUACUGCAACUUCUUCUUAUCAGAUUGAAGGAGCAUACUUGGAAGGCAACAAAGGCCUAAGCAAUUGGGAUGUAUUUACUCACGUAUCUGGUACAAAUAUUGCGGAUGGAAGCAAUGGGGAUGUAGCUGAUGAUCACUAUCAUCAAUUUUUGGAUGAUAUAGAGUUAAUGCGUUCCCUUGGAGUUAAUUCAUAGAGAUUCUCGAUUUCAUGGGUCAGAAUCCUUCCAAAGGGUAGAUUUGGAGAGAUCAAUUAUGAAGGAAUUGGAUUUUAUAAUAAGCUUAUUGAUGCUCUUUUGCUCAAAGGAAUAGAACCAGUUGUUACCUUGCAUCAUUUUGAUGUUCCUCAAGAACUAGAAGAUCGAUACGGCGCUUGGCUAAGUUCUCAAAUACAGGAUGAUUUCGGCUACUUCGCAGAUAUCUGCUUCCAAGCUUUUGGAGACAGAGUCAAACAUUGGAUUACACUCAAUGAAGCUAACAUGGUGGCCCAAUAUGGCUACUACAGUGGAAUAUGGCCACCAAAUCGAUGCUCUUACCCUGCUGGCAAAUGCAAAGCUGGGAGCUCUGAGUUAGAACCCUACAUUGCUGCACAUAAUAUGAUAUUGGCCCAUGCCACAGCAACUGAAAUUUACCGGAAGAAGUAUCAGGAAAAACAAGGAGGAAAAAUUGGCAUUGUAUUACAUAUCUAUUGGUAUGAGCCACUGAGAGAUAUUCCAGCUGAUCGUGUGGCUGCUCAACGAGCUUUAGGUUUCAUUGCCGCAUGGUUUAUGGAUCCCAUUAUGUUUGGAGAGUAUCCCCCAGAGAUGCAACAGAUAGUAGGUCUAAGGCUACCAACAUUUUCAGCGGAGGAUAAGAGGAAACUGGCAAACAAAUUGGAUUUCAUUGGAAUCAACCAUUAUAGCACCCUCUAUGCAAAGGAUUGUUUGUUGACACCAUGCAAUUAUCAUGAUGAUUUACUUAAAGAUACCUUUACUCAUGGAACUGGAGAGAAAGAUGGAGUUCUUAUAGGAAAGCCAACAGCAAUGCCUACCUUCUAUGUUGUUCCAAAUAGCAUGGAGAAGACAAUCAUGUACUUCAAAGAUAGAUACAACAACACACCUAUGUACAUCACAGAAAACGGAUAUGCACAGCCUAGCAGCAAAAACAUUGAAGAUAUGCUCAAUGACGUGAACAGGUUAGAGUACAUGCAGGGUUACCUCACUUCUUUGGCUUCAGCAAUUAGGAAUGGAGCAGAUGUGAGAGGCUACUUCCAUUGGUCUCUGAUAGACAAUUUUGAGUGGACUUAUGGUUAUACAAUAAGCUUCGGAUUGUAUCAUGUAGACCGCAGAACAAUGCAAAGAACACCAAAGAGAUCAGCCAAAUGGUUCCAGCAUUUCUUGAAAAAUGAAUCUGGUUUUUUUCUUGCCUAAGAAAAGCAACAGAACAAUAUUGUGCAUUUGUAAUCUAGAUUGGUAUAAAGCUAGAUAGACAGUGUGCACAAUAUAUUCAUAGUUAUUCAUUGAUUUAAGUUGUUCCUUCUGUGGCAUUUGCAGUCCAGAUUCUUGAAAAGUUAGAUACAGACAGUGUACUUUCAUAUAUUUAUUGAAGUUGUCCCUCAUUAUUUGGAAUUCACAUAGCUAUAUCACAUGUACAAGAAUAUUCAAGCUUCUAUUUUUUUCAUGUUUUAGCUCCUAAUAAGA